CCCCCCCCCCUCCGACUUCCCCAGCUGUGCCACGCGCUUUCCAAUCGCUUCAUCUAUUACCCAGCCUCGCCUCGCCCCUCGCUUGCCAAAUCGGAACAUCGCCACCGCGUCCGCGCUCUCUGGAUCGGUCGAUCCAGCCAUGGCUGGCGCUCUAGCUCCUCCCCAUGUUGGAUUAGCACUCCUUGGGGUCCUCCUGCUUGCGGGGCUCGCGGCGGCGCAGACGCCGAGGACCCCGGCGGCGCCGGCGCCCGCGCCCGACCCCGGCUGCAACGGCAUCGAGCUCACCUACAACUUCCAGGGCCGCACCAUGAUCCGGCCCUUCGUCGGCGACAAGAACAGGCAGCCCUACUCCUUCAAGGCCAACGCCUCCGUGCUCAACUCCGGCACCCGCCCGCUCAAGUCGUGGGCGUUGCUCGUCACCUUCGGCCACGACGAGAUCCUCGUCGGCGUCGACGGCGCCGUGCUCACCGGCGGGGCCGACCUGCCCUACAACACCACCGAGAACGCCGGCAACGCGACCUCCUUCUCCGGUUACCCGCAGACGGACCUCCUCACGCCGAUUGGCACCGCCGGGGACAUCGCGCAGAUCCAGGCCUCGGUCGGCCUCGUCGGCACGCUGUUCGCCGGGCCUAAUUUCGUGCCCCUCCCUACCGCGUUGUCGCUCGACGACCCGGCGUACAACUGCCCGGCGGCGACGAAUCUUACCGCUGGGGUCCUCACCACGUGCUGCGUCCUCACCCCGGAGGCCGAGGCCAACGCCACGGUCAUCGACGCCAACGCCACCGACCCGACCAAGAACUUCCUCCCGCGCGGCACCGGCGACCUCGUCAUCACCUACGACGUGGUCCAGGCGUACGGGUCCAGCUACCUGGCGCUCGUCACACUCGAGAACAACGCCAAGCUCGGCCGCCUCGACAACUGGCGGCUGUCGUGGGAGUGGCGCCGCGGCGAGUUCAUCCACUCGAUGAAGGGCGCACACCCCUUGGUGGUGGACACGAGUGCCUGCAUCAAUGGUCCAGCGGGGCAGUAUUAUCAGAGCCUUGAUUUCUCCCAGGUGCUCAACUGCGAGAAGAAGCCGGUGAUCCUUGACCUGCCACUGUCCCGGUACAAUGACACCAAUAUGGGGAAGAUUGAGCAUUGCUGCAGGAAUGGCACCAUCUUGCCCAAGUCCAUGGACGAGGCUCAGUCUAAAUCGGCGUUCCAAAUGCAGGUGUUCAAGAUGCCGCCAGAUACAAACCGGACAAAGCUCUUCCCUCCGGCCAAUUUCAAGAUCUCUGGAGGUUCCUCCCUGAACCCAGACUACAGCUGUGGUCAGCCGGUACCCGUCAGCCCCACUGCGUUCCCUAAUCCCAGCGGGCUCGACUCGACAACCUUGGCUAUUGCGACAUGGCAGGUGGUGUGCAACAUUACCACGGCCAAGGGGGCCAAGCCCAAGUGCUGUGUGACCUUCUCGGCUCACUACAAUGACUCAGUGAUCCCCUGCAACACGUGUGCAUGCGGUUGUCCUGCGAAUCGACGGGGUCCUAUGUGCAGCACAUCUGCUCAAUCCAUGCUCCUGCCACCAGAGGCGCUGCUUGUACCGUUUGACAACCGUACACAGAAGGCACAGGCAUGGGCUGAGUUGAAGCACUACAAUGUGCCUAGGCCAAUGCCUUGCGGCGAUUUCUGCGGUGUGAGCAUCAAUUGGCAUGUCUCAACAGACUUCAAUAAGGGCUGGAGUGCCCGGGUGACAUUGUUCAAUUGGGGUGAUGUCGACAUGGCCAACUGGUUCGCCGCCAUGGUCAUGGACAAGGCAUAUGAUGGGUUUGAGAAGGCAUACUCUUUCAAUGCAACAGCACAGGGCAAUAACACCAUCUUUAUGCAGGGCCUUGAGGGGCUCAAUUACCUUGUGAAGCAGACCAACAUGAGUGGAUCGCAGUACCUUGUGCCAGGAAAGCAGCAGUCAGUGCUCUCAUUCACCAAGUCGCAGACUCCUGAGAUCAAUGUUGUCGCUGGAGAUGGGUUCCCAUCGAAGGUCUUCUUCAACGGUGAUGAGUGUGCUAUGCCGCAGAGGCUCCCGAUGAGAAGUGGAGGAUUCGGGACACAUCUCAGCAGUGCCCUUGCUUUGAUCUUGUUCCUAGCUGCUUCGACCUUCGUAUUGCUUCAGCAAUAAUCUUGGCGCCGUUGCUCUGAUUCUUUGAUUCUUUCAGGUGGUUCGGUCAAGCGCCAUUUGUAAGAAACCUUUUUGUUUUGGGUGAUUUACUAGUAGAUGUUGGGUAGCUGCUAGCAAUCGUGAGACGAACCACAAGAGAGGAGGACAGGGAGCUGUUGUUGCAAUGUUGCAACAUAGGCAUAGGUUCCCUUUUUCUGAUGAUAUUUAGUUAUUUACUACUCCUACGACAUGUUUGCACCAAUGUUGGUGUAAUUGUGGGGAAUUUCUCAUGUUUAGUUUGUGUCAUAUACAGAAUAUACCUUGUGAAAUUUAUUAACCUCGCCACUCUUUCACUA